AUGGCGAAUAGCAAGUACGAGUAUGUCAAGUCAUUCGAAUUGGAGGACGAAGUCAUGCUUCCUAACUUGAUGGUUGUUCGAAUCGAUGGUCGUGAUUUUUCCAGUGUCGUAUAUAAAAUGUCAGUGGUGAUGGUUUGUAGCUUGUGCAUAGGAAAGGUAUUCGACUCUGAUAGAUUUGCUCAAGUUCAUGAGUUUGAGAAGCCUAAUCAUGAAGCAGCUCUCGAUCUGAUGAAUUCCUGUUCAGCUGCGGUUUUGGAAGAGUUUCCUGACAUUGUCUUUGCAUAUGGAUACAGUGACGAAUACAGUAAGAUUUUUUCGUUGGUGGCUUCGUUCUUUGCUGCAGUCUAUGUAACAAAAUGGAAAGAGUUCUUUCCCGAAAUAAAUUUGGAAUAUGCUCCUUCCUUCACUUCAAAAGUCGUAACUUGUGCAUCAUCAGAGGUUCUUCAAGCUUAUCUUGCGUGGAGACAACAGGACUGCCACGUCAAUAAUCUGUAUGACACUUGUUUCUGGCUGUUAGUUCAAAGUGGAAAGACCAUAAGUGAAACACAAGAGUUUCUGAAGGUGGAAGAAACUGUAAAGCAUGAUGAGAAUGGCAAUCCUGUGAAAAGAUUGAGGAGAAAGGCUGUUUUUGUACACUCAGAGAAUAUUGCCGGAAGAAGCUUUUGGAAUAACCAACCCUCCCUAUGUCAGGAUCUUGGGAACUUCACGAAAGACAUUCGAAACAUUGAACCAGAUUAUACUAGGUCGUUUCAGUUUGAGAACAAACUGUUACCUUUGACUUGGGUUGUGGUCAGGAUUGAUGGCUGUCAUUUUCACAGAUUUUCUGACGUUCAUGAAUUUGAAAAGCCAAAUGAUGAGCGAGCUCUGAAACUUAUGAAUUCAUGUGCAGUGGCUGUUCUCAAGGAGUUUGAGGAUAUUCACUUUGCCUAUGGUGUCAGUGAUGAGUACAGCUUUGUUUUGAAGAAAGAAUCCGAGCUCUAUAAAAGACAAUCCAGUAAGAUAAUAUCUGCAAUCACAUCCUUCUUUACAUCCACAUAUGUAAUGAAAUGGGGAGAUUUCUUCCCUCACAAAGAAUUGAAGUACCCUCCAUCGUUCGAUGGACGAGCAGUAUGCUAUCCAACUUACAAGAUUCUCUUGGAUUAUCUAGCCUGGAGACAAGUUGACUGCCACAUCAAUAAUCAGUAUAAUACAUGUUUCUGGAUGCUUGUUAAGUCUGGAAAAACCAAAACUCAAUCUCAGGAUUACUUAAAGGGAACUCAAACACGAGAAAAAAACGAGCUGCUUAGCCGUCAAUUUGGAGUUGAGUACAAUUCAUUACCUCUAAUCUUUCGAAUGGGUUCCUCAGUUUUCCGCUUAAAGGAAGCUCUUGAAAUUGAGAGUGGAGUAGCUUCAGGGAAGAAACUGGAAGGAGAAGUGGUCGUAGAUCAUUGCAACAUCAUCGAACACUCUUUCUGGGAAGAACAUCCACACAUUCUUAGCUACUCAUAA